AUGACGCUGCGGGCGGGCGCUGAGUUCAUAUUUCGCAUGCUGGCUGGAGGCAUCAUCCUGGGAGUGGCCCUGUGGCUCCGGCAUGACUCGCAGACAACAAAUAUUCUCUACCUGCAGCUGGGGGACAAGCAGGCCCCCAACACCUUCUAUGUCGGAAUCUACAUCCUGAUUGCGGUUGGAGCCGUCAUGAUGUUUGUGGGGUUCCUGGGAUGCUACGGUGCUAUUCAGGAGUCUCAGUGCCUUCUGGGAACGUUCUUCACUUGCCUGGUGAUCCUGUUUGCCUGCGAAGUUGCGGCUGGAAUUUGGGGAUUUGUCAACAAAGACCAAAUAGCCAAAGAUGUGAAGCAGUUCUACGAUCAAGCAUUUCAACAAGCGCUCAUGGCAGAAUCGGAUAUGAACAACGGGAAGGCUGUAGUGAAGACCUUUCAUGAAACGCUGGACUGCUGUGGUCCCGAUAAUGCAGUAGGAGCUAUCACUCCCCUGUGGAGAGACGACCUCUGCCCAAAGAAGGAAACCGUCCUGAAAAACCUUAUUGAGUCCUCAAACUGCCACAAAAAAAUUGACGAGCUGUUCUCCGGGAAGCUGUACCUGAUCGGUAUCGCUGCUAUCGUGGUUGCUGUGAUCAUGAUCUUCGAAAUGAUCCUGAGCAUGGUGCUGUGCUGUGGCAUAAGGAACAGCUCCAUCUACUGAGCCGUGAGAGCUGGGGAGGGGAAGGGGGCAGUAGGGCGGACGGCGCUAGAGGGGACCCCAAGUGCCACCAAGUGACCAGGAGACAUUUCAGCAAAAGACGAAGACAACUAUGUAUAUAAAUACUUCCAAUAUUACCAUACAGUACUUAAUCAUUUUUAUUUUGAAGUACUUUUUUUUUUUAAUAAAUAAAACUUUCCCGUAUCCUUGUGGCUGAGUUAGUUACACAUCAGUUUUGUGUGAUGGGGAAAGCUGCUGUAGCAGGAGAUCGAGUCCUUCCUCCCCCUUCCCCACCCCCUGUAACUCAGAAAUAACGCUGGUGGAAGAUGUACAGAGGAGAAGGCUGCAGCCUGUUAUCAGAAAAUUCUGCCUUGGUUUUUACUCUCUUUUUCAACACCAACUUUUUUUAUAUAUGUAAUUGGAUGCUGAAGCAGGAUUUAGCAUUUUUGUUCAUUUGUACUCAUCUUUUCCUACCAUCACCCCAACUCCCUGGCGUUUCCAAGCUGUCCGUAGGGCAGCCUGGCUGACUGCCAGUAGCCUGGGAGAGAGGAGAGGAGAGGAAACAGCCCCUGUCGCCUGGGUGCGAUGUGUCCCGGGGGAAACGCAGGUGCGUUGUUCUUCUCCAACCUGUUUGCAUCGCUAGGUCAAUCCUUAACAGAAGUCAUGCUUAAUUUUUUUUAUUCUCUGCAGAGUGGGGAUGGUUUUGGCUUUUUGUUUUUGUGGUUUUUUUUUUUCUUGGAGCUAUAACUUUAUAAAUUGGCUCAUUUCCAUUGAUUUGUUAAAUUAAAGGGUCAGUGGCUGGGGGGGAAUUUUAGUCCCAGUUUUUCAAAUAUAACAAACUGAAAAUUAAGUCACUUUUUUAACCUCCUUUACUGUUUCUUUAUAGACAUGUUUUUGGGAGAGUCUAGUUCUGUACUGUUUCCACUGUUAUGCUAAUGCUUGCAUACAAAUGGUAUUGGAAAAAAGAAGAAAACUUUUUUUAAAAAAAAGUCCUUAACCUUAGAAAUCCUGCAUUUAUGUAUUGCAGGAUGACGCUUGGGGGUUCCCAGCCAUAUGCAUACAUGUUUAAAAUUUCAUCUUUGCAUCACUCUCGUGUUCAAUGAAAUUUUCCUUACUUAUAGCAUAUUGUCGCACACUGUAACAUUGCUCGGAAAUUGUCAUAACCUGAUUUUGGAAAAAAAAAAAGUUUAUUUUUAAGACCUUCCACUUCCAGUUACAGCAAUGGCAGGAGAUCAGCUUAUCAAAGCAAGGGAAUUCAGGAUUUUGGAUCACACCAGUUGAAACACUUUCUUGUGACCUGGUAAGCUUUGAUUGCCAAUUCAAUGUAUGUGGCUUCUGUUGUAUGCCACUCCGUUACCAUGUAGAUAGAGGGGGAGAGUGACCCAGGAGCUAUGUAAUAAAAUCAGAGUGUCUCUAAAAAGAUGAUCUAUAUGUAUAGUUCUAUAGAUAUAUAUUUUUAAGCAAAGCCUUUUCCUUAGCUGUGUGGGCACUUGAGCUGGAAAUUAUAGUAUCUCUCAGCUCUUUGCCACCUUGAAGCAGGUAAGGGGAGGAGUUGAAACUAGUGAUCACCUUCCCCACUUCAGGAAUAUUUCUGUUUCUUAAAGUAUUUCACUCUCCCCCUUCAUUGCAAUGAAGAGCUUCAGAUCGGAUAGGGAGGGAGACCCGUGAUCGUUUUAAACUAGUACCUUGUCCACUGCCCGUGGCUGCCGUGGCCUUUGCCACUACAGGAUAGGAAAUUCCUGCAGUGGGGCAAACUGAUCCAUUCGGAGGCUUUUCCCCCCUUCCACUCCCCCCUUUAUUCUUCCUGCCUUUUAGUAUAUAGGGCCUUUAAAAAGUAUAUAGGUAAAUAUAUAUAUAUAUAUCAAGUUGUGCUGGGAAAGAGGAGGAAGUGCUUCAACAGAACUUCGGAUUGAGGGGUUGGACAAGAAAAGAUUCAGCCUUAGAAAUAGCCUUAAAGCCACACUGUCCUGAAUGUCCACGUUGUGCACGUCAAGAAUGAGACGAGGUUUUGCAAUAGGUAGCCCCUUCCCCUGCUCCCCAGCAUAGCUCCUUCAGGUCAUCUACUCUGUUAUGUGGCUAUAUGUAUAUGCAUCAACCAAGCAUGUGUGUUUACAUAUAUGUGCAUCAGGAUCGUUAGCAUACAGAAUGGAUGUGUAACUUGCCGCCUUUUUUGUUGACUGUUGAUAAAUGUGUAUAAAUAUGCCAUUAAGCAUUUCAAUUCUGUUUUCUUUCCUUAUACUGUAUUUUUGAUAUUGUUCAGUAUUCAGUUGAUGCUGUGUAUGUAGCUGGAGCUCUGUUUGAAGACAGACUGCGUCUUGAUGCAGAUCAGACACACAUCCUUGGACACUGUAGCUUUAGGUUGUCCCAGGCAGGAGCAAUUGGGAGAAAGUGGUACUUGGAGAGGGAGCCUGAGAGCUGUGGGAGGAAGAAGAGCAGGAUGUUUGCUCAGACCACGUCCCGCACAGGCUGCAAUUUGUUCUCUGGCUCAUUUCAGAGGUGGCUUGUCACUGUGGGGAGCUCCAGAGGCAGCUCCCUGGGCCACCUCCUGUCCCUGUGGCUGCUGCGGGAAAGGUGCUGCGGGAGGGAAACAGCCAGCGGCUGGGAAGGUCGUGGGAGGGGGCAGAAGGAGUUUUGCAGGGAGAGGGUAAUGCUUUCUUUAGAGUUACUAGCUGACAGUCCCCAUGUUUGAUGGAAUGGUCAUCAGCUGUAGCAGGAGGGGUCAGCCCUGGGAGAAGAGGGACAGAGAAGAACUGUCAUGCUUAAGAACAAUGAAGUAGCUGAGAAACCCUCACAGAAAAAACUACGCACUUGGGCCUCCCCUAGUCUGGUCUCCUGUGAAGCUGGACCCGAGUUAAAACAAACUAGAGAGGAAGCUGUGAAGGGCUGAGGGGACUCACCCUGUUGCAAGCGCUCAGGAUCCAAAAGCAACAGGGCUCUUCUGCCAGUUGGUCGGUCCCAAAGCUGGCUGAGGUGAAGGGGAAAAAAACACUAGGUAGGACCCCUGCCCUGCCUCAGACCCUCUCCUGAAUACUUGUGCAUUUGUGUGUGCAACACGUCCUGCUCCCCUCGCACCCCAAAAAACAAAGGAUGAAAUUGUGAGCUGUAAAUACAAACCCCUCCCUCUCCAGGGAAGCAUCCUCCUAGAGCUAGUGACAGCUGAGAAAAUGGCUGUGAGCUGAGGUGGGGAGGAGGAGAGAGGCUGGUGGGGAAGAGGAGAGUCAACGGUCCAGGUCUAAGUUCAAAGACCGUAUCGAAAGGUCAAACAGAGCUGCUGACAGCUUAACUGAAUGCUUGGCAUUUUUCAUACUGUGGAGCAUGCCACAAAGCAGUGUGUUUAACUUCUUUCUGCCUUUUUUUUAAAGAAAUGAAACAAAAAUCAAUUUAAUAAACAUUUCUCAUAGUGUGCAUA